UAGUUUAGCUCCAGCCUAGCCAAUUCCGCCACAAUCGGGUGUAUCUUCAGCUGGUGGCAAUUGAACGAGCCGAGGCGCUUUUCUCUUCGUCCAAUGUGACCUAUCUAAACUGCGACAGCUCCGACGAUUUUCCGGGGCGUCUCGUGUUUUGCCCAACUUAGCUAGCCCCGACUAAGGACACUAAGUAAAGAAUAGAUAUAUAUAGCCUUGGCAGGACGCAAAACCGACGCCUGGAAGAAAUGCAGGCUGACUGAUCUGUCUCUGCCCUAUACUUUGCCAUGCUUAACAAAUACAUUCCAGAAGGCCACCUGGAGGCAACAGCCGCACACUGGAGCGACUUACAAAGGGUCCUCCAGGAUGGAGAGCUCGAAAUUGAUGGUAAUAGUCUCACUCUUGCCGGUGUUGUCGCGGUAGCCAGGUACGGCUGCCAGCCUCGCCUCACUGACAAAUCGGAGACGAUCGAUGCCAUCAAUGAUAGUGUGUUAGCUCUGACGGAACUGAUUCGCGAUGGGAACCAUAUUUACGGGGUAAACACUGGCUUUGGCGGAAGUGCAGAUUCCCGAACAAACCAGACCACCACCUUGCAGAGCUCUCUACUUCAGCUCCUUCAAAGUGGCAUUCUUACCGAGUCCGAUACAAAGAGCAAAGGUUCGCAACCCAAUACGCAGGGUCUAGAGCCACACUCGAUGCCUUCAGAGUGGGUAAAAGCCACCAUGCUUGUCCGAAGCAAUUCAGUGGCCCGAGGACACUCGGCCGUGUCCGUGUCAGCUAUUAGCGCAAUCAUACGGCUGCUUCGCGAGGAUAUUACCCCCGUGAUUCCCCUCCGAGGAACUAUCUCCGCGUCGGGUGACUUGAUGCCACUCGCAUAUAUUGUUGGAGCCAUUGAAGGGAGUCCGGAGAUAUUCGUGCGUGUUGGUGACCAUCAGACCAUCACCGCUCAAAACGCGCUGCAAGCCGUGGGUGCUAAAGCAGUCACGCUGGGACCAAAAGAAGCCCUCGGCCUCGUCAAUGGCACGGCCGCUUCUGGUGCUCUGGCCGGCCUGGUGCUCUAUGAAGCACAUCAGCUAGCUGUACUUGCCCAGGCAGUCACCGCUCUCACAGUUGAGGCCAUUCAAGGAAGCGCAGAGAGCUUUCAUCCAUUUAUCGCCCAAGUCCGUCCUCACGCAGGCCAAAUUGAAGCAGCAGAGAAUAUACUGUCAGUUCUGAGAGGUUCUCGACUUGUUAGAGGAAGCAGUGCUUCUCAAGCCAGGACCGGGCUUGUACAGGACCGUUAUUCCCUCCGGACGGCCAGUCAGUGGAUUGGACCUCAACUGGAAGAUCUUCUGCUUGCGGAUCGGCAAGUUUCAGUUGAGCUCAACUCGACCUCUGAUAAUCCUCUCAUCGACGCUGGCGCGAAGACCUUCUACACGGGGGGUAAUUUCCAGGCAACUUCAAUCACAUCCGCGAUGGAGAAGACUCGGUUGGCGUUACAGAUGUUUGGGAAGAUGUUGUUCGUUCAAUGCAAUGAGAUGAUCGAUCCCACUCUCAACAAUGGUCUGCCCACGAAUUUAGUCGCUGAUGAUCCUAGCCUUUCCUUCACAAUGAAAGGGGUAGAUAUCAAUAUGGCCGCAUAUAUGUCUGAACUGGCAUAUCUGGCGAAUCCGGUCAGCACGCACGUGCAGACCGCAGAGAUGCAGAACCAGGCCCUGAACUCUCUGGCCUUCCUCUCAGCACGAUAUACCAUGAAAGCAGUCGAUAUUGUCUCGAUUAUGGGAGCGUGUUCCCUUUAUGUUGCGUGCCAAGCACUAGAUCUGCGCGUGCUUCAGCUCAGCUUCUUCCAGAGACUCCUACAGACCAUCACAGAAACCACAAAGGAAGCCUUCGAACAGGUGCUCGAACCAUGUGAGAUCGAAAGUUUAUCACAACGCUUGUUUGAGACGAUCCAGAGCUCCUGGCCAUCAACUUCGCGACUCGACCUGCGUGAUCGUUGUCAGCGUGUGGUCGAGGCGUCCCUUCCCGUCUUCUUCGGAGACCUGGUGUCACCCAAUCGCCAAGAUUCCCACUUGUUUUCGGCCAUCAACGCAUGGAAGACUGUCAAUAUCCUGAAGCUGGAGGCUGUUUACCGAGAGGUGCUCGCCGAAUUCUGCGCUUCACCACCCACUGCUGACUAUCUCGGAGUGGGGACUAAGGCAAUCUACACAAGCAUUCGACAUGAGCUGGGAAUCCCGUUCCACCAGGGCUUUAUUGAGCAUCCCUCGGCGGCUAAUGGUGACUUACCGGAGAUGAUCAAUGGAAGAGUGAAGAAGACGGUUGGGGGUUGGAUAUCAAUUGUGUAUGAAGCGCUGCGCGAUGGGACGUUGAAUGGGACUAUCCUGGGUGCAUUCAAACAGUAAGUGUCAUUGUAUAAACCGAAUAUACCAGGAUUCUGCCAUAAACACGGCCAG